CGAAGGAUCUCCGUUAACCCGUAUUCGCUAAUUGAGCAACAUGUCUGGACGCGGAAAGGGUGGCAAAGUCAAGGGAAAGGCGAAGUCUCGUUCCAACAGGGCGGGACUGCAGUUCCCCGUGGGCCGUAUUCACAGACUGCUGAGGAAGGGAAAUUACGCCGAGCGCGUUGGCGCCGGUGCACCGGUUUACUUGGCCGCGGUGAUGGAAUAUCUCGCCGCUGAAGUAUUGGAGUUGGCUGGUAACGCCGCUCGUGACAACAAGAAGACUAGGAUCAUUCCCCGUCAUCUGCAACUCGCCAUCCGCAACGACGAGGAAUUGAACAAGCUGUUGUCCGGCGUGACCAUUGCCCAGGGUGGCGUCCUGCCGAACAUCCAGGCCGUUCUGCUGCCCAAGAAGACGGAAAAGAAAGCAUAAAUCCGGCAUCGAUCACAAAUGGCCCUUUUCA